AUGUUCAAGAGUAUAGCUUCGAUACGACUUUUGGGCCAGUCUUUGUCAAGUCGGUCUAUAAGUAUACGACUGUCUUUGCCGCUGCGCCCCUUUUUGUUAGCUUCUUCACGACAGUUUUCUUUAUCAUCUCGUCAUCUGUUUCAACAUUCAUGGACAAAUUCAAGAGAGAAAAAACCGAGUCUGGAAGAAGAUAAUGAUGAUGUAAUAAGGAGACUACGUGAGAAACUAGAGGAAAGGGCUAAGGCAAGGAGGGAAGCUCAGGCGGCAGCACGAAAUGACGAUGCUAGGAGAAAGAAACCACAAGACAAGGAGAAGGAUAAAGAUGAAGAUGAUGCUAAUUUAUCAGAAGAAGAAAAACAGAUUCGUCGAGAGUUGAAAAAGAUGGCUUCUUCAAAAGGCUACAAAUUUGAUCCGAAAAAGGUUAAAGUAUACAAGAUUGAAUUAAAACCAUUGUUGAAUAUUAUGUUCAUAGCAGGAUCAUCGAUUUUAUUAUGGAUCUAUCUUCUCACUACACUUGGUGAUGAACGAAAUAAUCAAGAACUAUCAAUGCAAAGCUUCAUCACCAAUUAUUUGGAAAAAGGAUUGGUUACAAAACUCACAGUGAUUAACAAAUACGCAGUUGAAGCUCAGUUGAUCCCUGGUGCAAUGAGCAGCAAUACAUUCACCAAAUCAAAUGGCUCACCAGCAGUGAUGUUCACCAUUGGGUCCCUUGAAUAUUUUGAAGAUGAAAUGGCCCAGGUCCAGGAUAGAUUGCAAAUACCUAUUAAUGAAAGAAUCCCCAUCACUUAUGAAGAAAAAGGUAGUUGGUUCAAUUACCUCAUGCCUAUUUUGCCAACUGUUUUAUUGAUAGGUGGGUUAUACUAUUUGACAAUGAGAAGAAUGCCAGGUGCAGGCGGUGGCGGCGGUGCAGGUGGUGUUGGUGGAGGACCAGGAGGAAUUUUCAAAAUUGGCAAAUCAAAAGCUAAAUUGUUCAACCAGGAAAAUGAAGUUAAAAUCAAAUUCAAAGAUGUUGCUGGUUGUGAUGAAUCCAAAGAGGAGAUUAUGGAGUUUGUUAAAUUUUUACAAGAUCCUGAAAAAUAUGAGAAAUUGGGUGCCAAAAUUCCUCGCGGAGCUAUAUUAUCAGGACCUCCGGGCACGGGUAAAACCUUGCUUGCUAAAGCCACUGCUGGUGAAGCCGGCGUACCCUUCCUUAGUGUCUCGGGUUCUGAAUUUGUGGAGAUGUUUGUUGGUGUAGGUGCUUCUCGUGUACGAGACUUGUUCAAAACUGCUCGUGAGAUGGCCCCGGCAAUUAUAUUUGUUGAUGAAAUCGACGCAAUUGGAAAAGAAAGAGGUAAUGGUCGUAUGGGUGGGAAUGACGAACGUGAAAAUACCUUGAAUCAAUUGUUGGUUGAAAUGGAUGGGUUUGAUACAACAGAUCACGUUGUUGUUUUAGCUGGUACGAAUAGACCCGAUGUUCUAGACAAGGCUUUAUUGAGACCGGGUAGAUUCGAUAGACACAUAUCGAUUGAUGUUCCUGAUGUUGAAGGGCGUAAGGAAAUCUUUAAAGUACAUUUAAAGAGGAUCAAGUUGAAAUGUAUUGAAGAUAUUGAUAUAAUGCAGAAGGAUGUUGAUUUUGCCAAAUUUCAACAAUUGAAAGCUGAUGCAAUAGAGGGUCUUGCUGGAAGAUUAGCUGCAUUGACACCCGGGUUUGCUGGUGCUGAUAUUGCCAAUUGUUGCAAUGAGGGUGCUUUGAUUGCUGCUAGGGAGAAUGAUCAUUCGGUUGAAACGCAUCAUUUCGAACAAGCUAUUGAGAGAGUUGUUGCUGGGUUGGAAAAAAAGUCGCGUAUAUUAUCACCAGAAGAAAAGAAAACUGUGGCAUAUCAUGAGGCAGGUCAUGCGAUAUGUGGAUGGUUUUUGGAGUUUGCAGACCCAUUAGUGAAGGUGUCAAUUAUACCUCGUGGUCAAGGUGCGCUUGGAUAUGCACAGUAUUUACCCAAAGAUCAGUAUCUUACAUCACAAGAACAAUUUAGACAUAGAAUGAUAAUGGCAUUGGGUGGUCGGGUAAGUGAAGAAUUACAUUUCGAUACUGUAACCAGUGGUGCUUCUGAUGAUUUCAAGAAGAUCACACAAAUGGCACAGCAAAUGAUUUUGAAUCUCGGUAUGUCCACUAAAUUGGGGCAGAUAUGUUAUGAUAUAGGUGAUAACUCUGGUGGAUUCAAAGUACAUAAGAAUUACUCUGAGGACACAGCAAGGAUGAUUGAUGAAGAAGUGAAGAGGUUAAUUGAUGAAGCACAUACUGAAUGUACUAAACUAUUGAAGGAGAAGAUCAAAUUGGUUGAUGCUGUAGCUGAAGAGCUAUUCAAAAAGGAAGUACUCACUAGAGAAGAUAUGGUGAGAAUUUGUGGGCCUCGUCCAUUUUUGGAAAGGAACGAUGCGUUUGAUAAAUAUGUCAAAGGUACCGAUGCCUUUAAAGGGAAACCAAAGGAGAAGAAAGAAACAGGUGAUGAUGAAGAAAACGCUUCAGGUGUAGAGGCAUAG